AAUGGCCAGCUACUGUAUAUCACAGGUAAGACUGGUGGCCUGGACAGUGUACCAGCUGGGAGCCAAGAACACCAGAGCUCAGACGUAACAUCACCGGAGCUGAGAGAAGACCUACACAUUAAUAAAAAAUGAACACGGAGCUUGGCACCUGGAAGCCCCACAGACCUCGUGGCCCAAUUGCGGGCAUGUAUAACAGUCCAGGUCCUAAGUAUGCCCUUCCAGGAAAUACCGGGUAUGAUGGACACGAUCCGACAAGGAAGAGAUCCCCGGCCUACACCUUUGGGGCUCAAAGUACGAGGGAGAGAUCAUGUGAGACCCCAGGACCAGGUCCUGCGGCAUAUCACCUAGGGGCAGUGGCAAAAAAUGCACCCACAGCAAUGCUGGUGGGAAGAUGCACCAGGCUCGAACAGAAAACAUCUGGACCUGGCCCUGGAUCAUACAGACCUGAAAAGGUGGUACUUUGCUCACCUCAGGCGCCACAGUUUUCAUUUGGAAUACGCCACUCCGAGUUUAUGGCUCCGUUAUUUUUUCAUGCAGCGAAGUAAGCAGAAGAUAAGUCUUUUCUGGCAUUAUGGAGCAAGUGGUUGAUUGACCUUUGCUUCCAUACAUUACCAGCCAAAUUGGACAAUAAAAAAGUCAUCCAAUAAAAACCAUCCAAUGUACUUCAAAUAAAGAUCAGUCAUGCUGCAAGAAA